AGGCAUUGUCAAUGCGUGGUUCGGUUGAACAUGCUUAACGUUCGUUUUGCAUUACUGUUGAAGUGACAAACAUCAGAACUCAAGGGGACGAUAGUCUGUGACAUUAAACCGGAUGUGUUAAUAUUUAGUGUUUGGGAAAGUAAAGCAGAAAAGCUGCAUGAGAGAGUUGCCCUCCAGUGCAGACAAACAUGCUGACAAUGAUGAGCGACUAUAUGAUCUCAACUUACCUGCACUGGUCAAGUUCAACUACACCGCUGAACGGGAGGACGAACUCUCUUUGGUAAAAGGCACAAGGGUUACCGUCAUGAAGAAGUGCAGCGACGGCUGGUGGCAAGGAACUUAUAACGGUCUUUCUGGAUGGUUCCCUUCGAAUUAUGUCACAGAGGAUAUAGACAGGACAAUCAGGGGAGAUUCUGUGAGCUCUCUUAAAGAUAAACUGUCCCUCAUUGGGCACAAUAACAAUUGCACUCAGGUUGUGCAGACUGUACAAGCACUUUAUAAUUUCAGCUCCAGGAAUGACGAGGAGCUGAAUUUCAACAAGGAUGAACCCAUGGAUGUGUUGGAGAAACCCGAAAAUGAUCCUGAAUGGUGGAAGUGUAGAAAGGGGAAUGGUCAAGUGGGACUAGUGCCCAAGAACUAUGUCACAGUUGUAGAUAAAUCUCAUAAAGAACUGGAGAAUUCAGGUGCACCUAAUCCAAACUAUGACUGCAUUAGGCCUUCUAUGAAUGGAAAGUUUGGAGGAAGAAUGUGGUACUAUGGCAAAGUGACACGACAUCAGGCGGAUGUGGUUUUGAACCAGAGAGGUGUUGAUGGGGACUUCUUCAUUAGAGACAGCGAGUCUAUGCCAAAGGACUUCGCCAUCUCUCUGAAGGCACUGUACAAGAACAAGCAUUUCAAGGUGCAGCUAAAAGAUGGAUUCUACUGCAUCGGUCAGCGCAAGUUCAGCUCUAUGGAGGAUUUGGUGGAACAUUACAAAAAGGCCCCCAUAUUUACCAGUGAACAAGGAGAUAAACUGUACCUGAUAAAAGCAUUAUCCUGAACCAGUGAAGGAGCAACAGACUGUUAAAAAUGUAACCCAGUCAUUUAUCAGCAACAUGUCACAAGUAUGACAUAGUAACUUAAUUUGACUGGAAUUUGUGAAAGUGUCCUGAAGACUCCCUUGAAUAAAUUUUACAUUAUGUUAAUGUUAGUGUAUUUACAAAUACAUUUAAUUAAGUAGUAUUAUUUUUAUAAAUAUGUGCUUACAUGCAUAUAUGCAUGAUUUACAGCUAAUAUAUAUAUACAAACGCCAAUAUACACAAUAGGACGAUAAGCUAUCUUUUGUACAUCUAUUAAGCUGACGAUACAGUUUUAAUCAAGGAGAAAGUUAAGCUGUACCUUUGAACUCCAGAUAUGUUAAAACAAGUCAAUAUAUUUUUUAUUUGAUACAAUUGUAUUUUUAACUUUGAUUUAAUGACUGUAUAUGCAACGUUGUUCUUUUUCCAGUGCCACAACAUUUUUAAACAGUGAUUGAUUUCUUUCCAAUGUUCUGUGGAUUUUUACAGAGAUUUAGCCUACAAUUCUAUUCCUAUAGUCAAGGGUGUAGCCGCUGCAGGGGAUUUGGGGGGUAUAUCCCCCGCACUCUUUAAAAAGGUGAUUUGGUCCCCCUCACAUUUUCAAGCUAAACCCAUACUGAAUCCAAAUCGUGGAUUUGUAUAAAGUAUUCUUUGCGUUUUGUUACUUUGGGCUGAUUGGGCAACCAUCCAGCCAAUCACUGGUGAGUUUCAUGAGCCGAAAAACCUUACGUAAUAGGCCGUCAGUCAGACAGUUUAAUCAACGCUGCUCUAUUCAUUUCUACAAAGUUGCUUUCAAACAUUUAUCCAUGUUUUUUAAGAUGAAGAACACACAAACAAGAGUUACUUAUUGGCAGCAUUAUGUGAAAUGCACUGAAGAAAAAAUACAUGGGACAAUCUUUCUUUUAAGCACACAACGUAAGUGACGUUCAUAUCAGCGCAUGAGUCUUCAUUAAGUUAUGCUUUUUAUGUUAUGUUUGUGAGGUAAUAGUUUGAUCAGUUGUUUUUGCCAAUUCAAGCAGAUUACUAGAUCUGUGUUAAAUAUGUAAAGCUAUUUAUAAUAUCAGCUCCUGUUUUUUUACCGCUGUGUUGGUGUGCAGUCAUCAAACUAGGAAAAAUUAUAGAUCUGCUGUGUUCUUAGAACACUUAUGCAUUUUAUUGAAGUGAA